AUGUUCCUUAUUCUGGCCCUCGUCUUCCUGGGCGGCUACGUCCACUACCUCUGGAGAGCUGAAGCCGCCCUUGGGGUAGCGUGGGUGCCCGACCCGGAUGCCAAGCUGUUCGAACAGCGGCCUCUGCUGCCUCCGCUCAAGGAGACCAGUAUCGUCACCUACACGCUGCCGCUGCACACAAAGGGCCGCGACAUCGUCGACGAGAAAGGCCGCCGCUUCAAGCUCUUGUCCGUCAAUUGGUACGGCGCCAGCGACGAAUUGAACAUCCCCAGCGGUCUCGAUAUCCAGCACCGCGACGUGAUCGCGCAGACCAUCCGCGGCCUGGGCUUCAACAGCGUGCGGCUGCCCUACAGCGACGAAAUGGUCAUAACCGACCCGCCCAUACCCGCCGAGCUGCUCACCGCAAACCCGGACCUCAUCGGGUUGAAAGCCCUCGACAUCUUCGAGGCCUGCGUGACGGCAUUGACCGAUGCGGGCAUCGCUGUUAUCGUCAACAACCACAUCACCCACUCGACGUGGUGCUGCGGCGCCGACCCUUGCGAUGCCCACUGGGCCAACGACCACCUCGGCCCGCUGUGCCGCAUCAAGCAGACCGAGGAGGACUGGAUCCAGCACUGGGAAACCAUCAUGCUCCGCUUCGUCGACAACCCCCGUGUCAUUGGCGUCGACCUGCGCAACGAGGUGCGCGGCGUCUGGGGCUCGAUGACUUGGGACAAGUGGGCCACGGCGGCCGAGAAAGCCGGCAACCGGCUCCUAGAGAUGAACAAGGACUGGCUGAUCAUCGUCGGCGGCACGGAAUCCGGCAACGACCUCACCGGGGUCGCCAAGCGGCCCGUCGUCCUCACUGUCCCGGACCGUGUCGUGUACUCGGCGCACGUCUACGCCUGGUCCGGCUGGGGAAGCCUUGAAGGGCGCUACUCAAAGCGCGGCUACACGUCAUUUGUCAACUCCAUGAGGCACAACUGGGCCUACCUGGUCGAGGGCGAUCAGGCGCCCGUGUGGGUGGGCGAGUUCGGCGCGCCCCACCACCCUAGCAUCGGCGACGCGAACUACUGGAACAACCUGCUGCGGUACCUUAAGGUUAUUGACGCCGACUUUGGCUACUGGGCCGUCAACCCGCGCAAACCAAAGGAUAACGUGAAGGAGACGUAUUCCCUGGUCGAGGACGACUGGGUCACGCCUGUACUGGACUACCGGAUGAGGGACAUGGUCGAGAUCAUGAGGGCUUAG